AUAACCAGCACCACAACCCGGGAUAUGGGAAAGGAAGGAGAUUGAGGGGAAGGGAGAGGGUGAGCAGAGGAAAAAGAUGGCAGCCAUGUCUCUUCACGAUGUAGUCCGUCUGCGACCGCUGCAAUCCCUGCAGCAGACGAAGGAGAAAGGACCCAGAUUUAGAGGAAGAUUCGCUUUCCCUCGGCUUUACAGUUACAAGCCUCCCAUUCUUGGUCUUGGCUAUGGUAACCGUAGUUUCAUCACUGGCUACCGUGACCAAUCUACUGAUUCUGGUGGCAGCGUGCUAGGGGUGAGUGACAUAAAGGAGAAAUGCAAUAAAUGGCAAUGGAGAGGCCAAUACUCCAUCAAUUACUUUGUUUCUUCUUCUUCUUCAAAUGCAGAAUCCAAACCGUCUCUGCUUCUUGUUCACGGGUUUGGUGCUUCCAUUCCUCAUUGGCGCAGGAAUAUUGGCACAUUGUCCCAGGAUUAUAGUGUCUAUGCUCUUGACCUUUUGGGUUUUGGUGCCUCAGAUAAGCCUCAAGGUUUUCCAUAUACCAUGGAAGCAUGGGCUCAGUUGAUAUUAGAUUUCUUGAAUGAAGUUGUUCAGAAGCCUACCGUGUUGAUAGGAAACUCUGUUGGAAGUCUUGCUUGUGUGAUUGCUGCCUCAGAAUCUAGUCAAAACCUGGUUCGAGGGCUUGUGCUGUUAAAUUGUGCUGGUGGGAUGAACAACAAAGCGGUUGUUGAUGAUUGGAGGAUCCAGCUCCUGUUACCUUUGCUUUGGUUGUUUGAUUUCUUAUUGAAGCAAAGAGGAAUUGCCACAGCGGUCUUUGAGCGGGCCAAGCAAAGAGAUAAUCUAAGGAAUAUUUUGUUAUCUGUAUACGGAAAUAAAGAAUCCGUGGAUGAUGACCUGGUUGAGAUCAUCAACGGACCAACAAAUGAUGAAGGCGCUCUUGAUGCCUUCGUCUCAAUUAUAACAGGGCCACCAGGGCCAAACCCUGUGCAAUUGAUGCCGAGAAUAAACUUACCUGUCCUGGUUUUGUGGGGUGAUCAAGAUCCAUUCACCCCUCUUGAUGGGCCUGUUGGUAGGUACUUCUCUUCCCUGCCUUCACAGUCAUCAAAUGUAACCCUUUUCGUGUUGGAAGGAGUAGGGCAUUGCCCCCAUGAUGAUAAACCUGACCUAGUUCAUGAAAAGUUGCUUCCUUGGUUGGCUCAACUUGGUGCUUUGUGAGAUUCAUUGCUUUUCCAAGAAACUGGUGGUCUGUGUAUAUCAGAUUUUCGAUAGCAUGCAUGCCAUCCCUAGUAAAAUGAUCCGGGGAAUAUACCAAUGGUAUGUCAUGUACUCAUGUUGUAUUGGAGCUUGUAUAUAUUUAGUACUCUUAUUCAAUCAUUUGAGUGUUUUCAAAAGAUGCAGAAGGAAAUGAAGCAAGCAGUGCAAUUUUAAUUUUGUUUACAAAUGAGUGCUGCUUUUCCUUUUUCCUGGUCUUGCAUUUGUGCUGGAUAGCUCUGCUUUGAAUUUUGAUUGCUGAUUACUUUUGAUCAUCAAAUGCAACUAUGUACGGUGUAUGUUUUCUUGUAAGACGCAGAGUGAGAUCAAGUGGAAAACAGUAUUGAUUCCUCUUUGUUU